CUCCCUCUCAUUAUCUUCACGAUGCCUUCUACCACCACAAAUGGCACAAUCCCAGCUCCUGGCAACUCGGCCAACGACAACAUCCGCCGUUUCGCUGCACCCAGCCGGCCUCUGAGCCCUCGUGCUGAACACACCCUCUUCCACGAUAAGACGAGAUGUUUUGUCUACGGUCUCCAGCCCCGAGCUGUCCAGGGCAUGCUUGACUUCGACUUCAUCUGUAAGCGCAAGACGCCUUCAGUUGCAGGCAUCAUAUACACAUUCGGCGGUCAAUUCGUCAGCAAGAUGUACUGGGGAACCAGCGAGACUCUGCUGCCAGUCUACCAAGAUGUGAACAAGGCAAUGGCAAAGCACAGUGAUGUAGACACAGUGGUGAAUUUUGCAUCAUCUCGAAGUGUGUACACCUCGACUAUGGAGCUUAUGGAAUAUCCUCAAAUCAAAUCAAUUGCCAUUAUUGCUGAGGGUGUGCCGGAAAGACGUGCCCGUGAGAUUCUCCACGUAGCCAAGAAGAAGGGCAUCACCAUUAUUGGCCCUGCCACCGUCGGUGGAAUUAAGCCUGGAUCCUUCAAAAUUGGUAACACUGGUGGUAUGAUGGACAACAUCGUAGCCUCAAAGCUGUACCGCAAAGGAUCAGUAGGAUAUGUCUCCAAGUCCGGUGGUAUGUCCAACGAGUUGAACAACAUUGUUGCGAACACCACGGAUGGUGUCUAUGAGGGUGUAGCCAUUGGUGGUGACAGAUACCCAGGCACAACUUUCAUUGACCAUCUCCUGAGAUAUGAAGCCGACCCCGAAUGCAAAAUCUUGCUCCUUUUGGGAGAGGUUGGAGGUGUUGAGGAAUACCGAGUCAUUGAGGCUGUAAAGGCAGGAAUCAUUAAAAAGCCGAUCGUUGCAUGGGCAAUUGGGACUUGUGCAAGUAUGUUCAAGACUGAAGUUCAAUUUGGACAUGCUGGUUCAUUCGCCAACUCGCAGCUCGAGACCGCCGCCGUGAAGAACAAGUCCAUGAAAGAGGCUGGGUUCUUCGUCCCAGACACUUUCGAGGACCUACCACAGCUUGUGAGCCAAGUCUACCAAAAGCUCGUCAAAGAUGGUACCAUUGUCCCACAACCAGAGCCCGUUGUACCAAAGAUCCCCAUUGAUUACGCGUGGGCUCAAGAACUUGGACUCAUCCGUAAACCCGCCGCCUUCAUCUCAACCAUCUCCGAUGACCGUGGACAGGAGCUGUUGUACGCUGGUAUGCCAAUUUCAGAUGUUUUCAGAGAGGACAUUGGUAUUGGAGGUGUUAUGUCGCUUCUCUGGUUCCGUCGUCGUCUCCCAGACUAUGCUAGCAAGUUUCUUGAGAUGGUGCUCAUGUUGACUGCCGAUCACGGUCCAGCCGUCUCCGGUGCGAUGAACACGAUUAUUACUACAAGAGCAGGAAAGGAUUUGAUCAGUGCGCUUGUCAGUGGUCUCUUAACCAUCGGAUCAAGAUUCGGCGGUGCUCUUGAUGGUGCUGCUGAGGAGUUCUCCAAGGCCUUCGACAAGGGUCUCAGCCCACGUGAUUUCGUCGACACCAUGCGCAAGCAGAACAAGCUCAUCCCAGGUAUUGGCCACAAGGUUAAGUCCCGCAACAACCCUGAUCUUCGUGUCGAGCUUGUGAAGGAGUUUGUCAAGAAGCGUUUCCCUAGCUGCAAGAUGCUCGACUAUGCUCUUGCUGUCGAGUCGGUCACCACUUCGAAGAAGGACAACUUGAUCUUGAACGUCGAUGGUGCCGUGGCCGUUUGCUUCGUUGAUCUGAUGCGCAACUGCGGCGCGUUCACGCCAGAGGAGGCUGAAGACUACAUGCAAAUGGGUGUAUUGAACGGUCUGUUCGUCUUGGGUCGCAGCAUUGGUUUGAUUGCCCAUUACCUUGAUCAAAAGAGACUGCGUACUGGCCUUUACAGACAUCCUUGGGAUGAUAUUACCUACCUCUUGCCAACCCUGUCAUCUGGUGCUGCUCCAGGCAGCGUAGGUCGUGUUGAGGUGCAAAUGUAG